AUGGUAUGUUUUGCUGAGAUUACUCAGCUUCCUGAUGGUAACUCUUCCUCUGAGGAAGAUGACCAGGAUGAAGCCAACAAUGAAGGUGGUUUUUCUGUAAAUGAUGGAGGAGAUUUUUCGAACAGAGACGAAGGUAUGGUUGACACUGGAGUAGCUAACAUUUCAGUUGGUGGACCUACACCUUCCCAUCAGGAUGAAGGAGCACGUGAUGGUGGUGAGUCUGUCCUUGUUGGUACACAGUCAGGGACCGAGGAAAAAGCUAGUGCUGACACAGAGAUGGAAGAAAUUCCAUCUCAUGUACCUUCAACCUCUGUACAGGAUAAAGGACCAAUUGAUGGUGGUGAGCCUGUCGUAGUUGGUACACAGCGAGGGACAGAUGAAAAACCAACUGCUGACACAGAGAUGGUAGAAAAUCCAUCAGGUUUACCUGCAACAUCUGGACAGGGAGAAGAACAUGGUGCCGGUCUUGAGAGUGAAGCAAAUGUUGGGGAGCAACCAGAAAUUUCUGAGGAUAAUGAUAGAGAUACAUCUUCUCAGGCUGAACACACCGAGGAACCCGGUGUAAGUGUACGUACAUUUGUCUUUCUUAUUUCCCGUGUACGUAUAAGUAAUGAUUGUUUCAGACAUCACAAAAUAGAGUAUAUAGCCGAUGAAGUUGAUAACUACUGCCACAGGUUGAUGCGGGAGAUGUACCCAAUGUAGUUGCAGAGAGUAAAGUGGAUGACUCAGUACUUGAGGGCACCCUAGGGGAUCCCCCUUCACCAUUUGCAG